CAACGGGGCACUGUCAUGCACAAAAUAAGCACGCAUUUGCGUUUGCCCUAAAAGUAACCUAUGCUGAAUUAUUAUCAAAGAGCUCCUUUGGACUGAAGCUUUAGUCGUACUGGUACUAAAGACCCCGUGAAAUCAUUCCGUCUGGUUUGCUGUGGUUCAGGAGAACAACACAAGAGCAAAAUAGGACGCGUAAUACAUCUCACAUUGCUUUGGGAGUGAUUUUGAGGGAUACACAACGCGUCAUAAGACAUGGACAACAUGCACCUGAAACCGCUCGCAGCCGACCAUUCGGAGGCUAACGGAGAAAACUACAAGCCAAAGCACCCUCAGAGGAACACUAGAAAAACUCUCUGUUCAACGGUUAAGGCAUUUGCUCUGGACGAGACGACAGCACAUGGCUUCCCCAACAUUUUUCGCGCCAAGACAUCCCUCGGGCGCCUGUUGUGGACGUUCCUUUUCCUGAUCGGGGUCGGUGGGACAAUUUACCAGGGCACUACCCUUGUCUUGAAGUUCUUAAGUUACCCAGUCAGCGUGGAGGUGAAAAUCGUCACGCGACCUCUUCUUGAGUUCCCGUCGGUCACAGUGUGCAACACCAACAAGCUCCGCCAUUCCGCCAUCGAACAGUCCAAACACAGACAGAUGCUGGUGGUUGAUCUAGCUACCUCUUUGCCAUAUUACGCGCCUUGCCUUGAGGACGAUUUUGCCUGUGAGAAACGACCAGUGUGCAUCAAGAGGUACCUGCUGUGUGAUGGCAUAAGACAGUGUGGCAACGACGACUUGAGUGAUGAACAAGACUGCGAUUACGAAUCCCGUACCUGCACCGACCGGCAGUUUCGCUGCGGCAUUUCAGGCAGCCGCAGGGGCAUGUGCAUACCGCUCAGGAAGAAAUGCGACCGGCGUCCGGAUUGCUAUGAAGGGGAGGAUGAAGAUGACUGCGAAUGCAAGAAAUCAGAGUUCAAAUGCUGGAAACGAGGUGGUUGUAUCGCAAAGAAGAACGUGUGUAAUGGGAAGGUAGACUGCUUUGAUGGCAGUGACGAAAACACCGAGAAUUGUGGUGACCAAAAUCGUCCCUUUCCCGAUUGUACCUCGUCGUGGUUUUUCAAAUGCUCCAAUGAAGCACAGUGCAUCCCUCGCAUCUUUUGCUGCGACGGUUUUGACGACUGCCUGGACAGCUCGGACGAACCCCCUUGGUGUGAUUCUAUAAGCGAAGAUAUAGGCCUAGUGCCGUACAUCCCAACUUGUCCGUCAGGUCAAUUCAUGUGCACGAGUGACGAGGAGUGCAUCCCUGAAAGCUGGGCUUGUGAUGGGUCUUUGGAUUGCAAGGAUGGGUCAGAUGAAGCAGUAGCCCUCUGCGGUCGACCAUUUUGCACACCACCGCAGAUCCUUUGUCCUGCUGGCGGUAAUUGUGGAACACCGUGUGACCUCAAUCCCGAGUGUUUAAACGGAUGGGAUGAAACGAAUUGCACUUGUCAGGUAUUAGACGAGGAAACCGUCGUAGAAGACAUCCACUGCAGAGGUGUGUCUUCUGCAACGUAUUUCGUGGGUGCCGAGUACCUCUACCUGACAUCCUGUCUUGCGAUAACACCCGUAUAUCAUUGUGAUGGAGGAUUGGAAUGUUUCAACCCUACAACCAAGCUGCCAGACCAUUGCAAAACAGUGUACUCUGAGUGUUACAUCGCCACUAAUGGAUGGGACUACAGGGGCACUCAAACCGAAGACGAUUGUCUACCGUGGUCAGACCCACGGGUUGCCCUGCUCAACUACACGGGACAGAACUUCAGGGAGCUGGAGGGAGUGAAGCCGGGCUCGACGGUGGGGCACAGUCUCUGCCGGAACCCAGGAGGUGAGAGGGACACGAUCUGGUGUUUCGUGGACUCCAGGAAUGGGUCACUGGAAUAUAAGGAUUGCGUGCUACCUCCGAAGCCUGCAGCUAGGGUUUCUUGUCAUCAUGAGUCGUUUAGUGUGGCCCUUUCGCAAGACGACGAGUCUGCCGAUCCUACACAAGGGCGCGUAGAAGUCAGCUUCAGAACGGGCGCCGUCGGCACGAUAUCCGACCCUGACUGGACUCUGGAGGAUGCCAACGUGGUUUGUCGACAGCUCGGUUUUCCCGCAGGAGCGAUCGUGAACUCAACCAGUGACUUCGGACCGGGUACCGGGCGAGUGCUGCUCAGGGAUGUCCAGUGCAUGGGUAUCGAGGUGAACCUCAUCGAUUGCAUGUACAGACUCGCUACGGACCAGGAUACCAAUCACACUUAUGAUGUUGGCGUGGUCUGUAAUGAUACGGACGCUGCUCUAAGAAGACGGAGAAGAGACGUGGACCCAGCGGCAGAGCCAGUUACCGAUAGGCCAACACCCGCAUGUCAACUCGACGAGUUCCAGUGCACAGAGGGAGAACCAGACGGUACCAUACAAUGCAUCCCUCGGGAGUACGUGUGUGACAGAUACAACGAUUGCGGCAACGAUAAGGGGCUUCUGAAGCCAGGCAUGCCCAUGGACUCAGACGAACAACAUUGCAAUCUUUCCGUUGGAGAUUGUGGACAUGGCAAUUUUAAAUGCCGGAGUGGGGAAUGCAUCCGUUACUGGCAAACUUGCAACGAAUUCCCCGAUUGUCAAGACGGGAGCGAUGAGCUGCUCCUAGAAUGUGAAAUUAGCUGGACCGCCUGCCAACCCAAAGAGUGGCAGUGCCUAGAACCUCGGCCCGAUGGGACUGUCAGCUGCAUUCCUGGGUCCUUCCGAUGUGAUAGAUACAACGAUUGCGGCGACAAUAAAGGACCACUGACUGCCACGUUAACUAGGGCCUCAGACGAACGAACGUGCCAUAAACCCGGGGAGGUCCCGCCCGAUAACUACUACCAUUGUCGCGACAGCUUUAAGUUCAUCCAUGAAUAUGCUGUCUGCAACACGGUAGAAGACUGCAAACAUGGCGACGACGAGCAGAAUUGUUCCUCGGCAGGCCGAGCUGAUCCAUUCAGGGACGCUUUCCAAGAUCCACAGUGGUAUUUUCCCUAUCGACCAAUGGUGGACAACGAACACCGCUACCUUUUCGACGAUUUCAUUGAACAUUUUAGGGCACCCCCAUUCGGGCGGGUCAAAGGUGAUAACCCCCCGGACUGGAACGGCUUUGCGACGUUCAGCUCCACACCCGAUUACAGUGACCUCGUCGGGGUGGCAAGACUCAGCAAGGAUGAAGUCAGUCGGUACGGACACCAGAAGGAAGACUUCAUCUUGCAGUGCACAUACGAACAGAGAAAGUGUAACAUGAGCAAUGUCGAGUUGUUGCAAGAUGAUAACUACGGUAACUGCUUCACCUUCAAUGCUGUAAUAGACAACCCAAUCACUUCACAGAAAACAGGCUCCAGAUACGGUCUCCAAAUGACACUCUUUCUGGAACAGAAUGAGUACAUUAGCAUAUACGGACCGGAGGCCGGAGUAAGAGUGUCCAUCAACCCCAACCACAUCCGGCCCAAUCCCGCCGAAAAUGGAAUCACCGUAAAACCCGGAACCGUCACCUCGUUAGGUCUGAGAUAUAAUUAUGUUCUCCGCAAAGGACAUCCGUAUGGGGAGUGCUUGAAGAACGUAACGAACACCAAGAUUAUUGCUGAUGGCGAGAUUAAAAUCUCUUCAUCAGACCAUUAUGAUCGAGAGCUGUGUAAGAAAACAUGCAUUCACGAGUACAUUAGAAAAUAUUGUGGAUGUUCGGAUACACUAGAACUCAACGGUGAGCGAUGCAGUUUGCUGAAUAAGACCCAAGAAGUCUGCACCCAACUCGUCUACUACCUUAGUCAGCACAACAACCUAACCUGCUCCUGUCCACAGCAAUGCAGUGAGGUGUAUUACACAAAGACGAGUUCGAUGUCAAAGUGGCCCUCACAAAAGUUUGCGGACCACCUGUUGCGAAACAUACGUUCAAUCAAUAAGAAAACCCAGCAUUUGAAUGAAGACAAUUUGUUUGACAAUAUUGUGAGACUUGAGAUUUAUUACGAAGAACUGAACUAUGAAAGCACUAAGGAGGUAGCAGCUUAUCAGGAGGCUUCCCUGUUUGGCGACAUUGGCGGUAUCGUAGGCCUGUACAUUGGCUUCUCUCUCAUAACGGUCUGCGAGUUCAUCGCUCUAUUCCUGAAACUCAUUAACAAGUUUUGCUUUAAAAGAACUGUGAAAAUAUAGUAUUUUGAUGCGUGACAAUAGCAGACAAUAGUAAUGACUUGUAGAUGGUACCUCUAGGAGAGAUUCCAUGGACCUUUGCACUAAAGAAAUCCUAACUGUAAUCACACCUGGCCCUAACCCAAACUUAACCUACUCUCAUCAAACUUUUAAAUAUAUGUGUCGCAUCACGAUCAAUCCAUUUAGACCUAAGAUUAGGACUUGAAACAUUAGGGAGGGAUUCACAUGUCCACCUAAUACACCUACGGUUAGAGUUAAAGUUAUAGGGUCUAAGGUACAACUUUUUAGCAAAAUGUGUCUCCUUAAUAACUACAUAAAUCAUGCUUGUUAAAAAGAACUCCUCCUGAGUGAUUGCAAGUAGUGACACUCUUCCUUUACCAAAUCUCAGCCUGUACACUUCUGUCAUUAUGCAUGAAUAUUCUUUUGUUUACUACUUUACUUGUAUGUAGUUUAAACAUGACGUUUCUAGGUCUCGGUCUUGUACCAUCAGGUCUCGGAUUCAGACCAUCGGGUCUCGGUCUCGGUAUCCAACCUCAAGGGCUCGGUUUUGGUCUCGGGCUCUGACCUCCAUCAGGUCUCGACUACAACUCUAAUCAUUGUUAUUCUUGUAAGCUGUGGUGUUUUCUGAAGUUCCAAUUCUCUAUUAUGUCCAAAAUACAUCUCAAAAAUUAAUUAUCGUUUGUACAAACUAAUUAAAGGUAUAUUUAAGUGCGAGUUUGGGUAAACUGGUGCGAGGUUUAGUAAAUUAGCGUGAUAAAACUUAAAACAUUUUGCUGCGAUCUUUCUACAUUUGAGUUGUUAGAUUUUUAAACAUUUGUCACAUUUUAUAUUAACGGUCAACAGUAAUUAGUGCAGUGUGAUUAAGUGAAAGAGAAAUCCACUUGAAUGUGAUCUUCGUAACAAUGCUGUGGCUAUUUAACUGUGCCAUAUAUUUAUACAUGAUCUAUGUGUACUAUUGGAACUAGAUAUAGUAGAAGUGAGCGAUAUUUUGUGCAAACUGUCUUGUUGUGUAUAUUGAGUUUAUAGAUUUUGUUUUAGAUUUUACACGUUUAUACUUUACCGUUUAUUUGUAAGUGGUUGGGAGUAGCAUUUGCUUCAGGAAUAUAACACGUAUCGCAGUGCGAGAACAUUUUUACAUUAUUGUUUUAUAUUUUUAAUUUUCAAUAUGUAACGUAUUAAUGUAACUAGGGCCGUAAAAUGUAAAAUUAUGUGUCCAUUGAUAAAAAGCAGUGAAUGAAAUGGAA